UAGAGCUCCAAGAACAUAUUUGAAAAACAAAAACACGAACACAAACAAAAAUUCAAAACCAAAAUAAAAAAAGCUUUUGGUUUUAAUCGCUUUCACUUCUUCGCCUCACUCAUGGCGGACGUUUCAUGCCUUCUUCACCUCCAAGAACACGACGGCGGAGACGACGCCGGCGGUGUCGACGCCUGCUUCGACGAAUUAUCGCCGCCCAAUCUGUCUCUCUCCCUCGGUCCCCAAAUCACCACCGUCCAUCGACGCGACUCAGAUCGAAUCCGAGCUAUGGACGAAGUUUCCGAGCCGGAUUCAAUCACCGCCGUCGAUCUCUUCGACCGCGAGAACCAGGUUAACUUCGUCAUGGACUUGUUCCAUCAACGCGUCGAGCAGUCGUCGAUGGGAGACGACGAUCCCAAUUUGGAUCUGAGUUUCGGGGACAUGAUUGAAGAGAUGAGUUCGAGUCAUUUGGAGCUAGAUCUAGGGUUAGGGUUAGGGUUAGGAUUUUGUGUGGAAAGGCAUGGUUUUGAUGAUGAUGAUAGUGACGACUACAAUUGUGAUUUUAUGGUCGCCGAUUCCGGCGACGAGUUCUUUGUCUCACGGAGGAGCUCCGGUGACUCCUCCACCUUGUGCGGCGGAGGAGAACAGGUUGUUAGGGUUUCGUCGGAUUCGGAGGAUGAGAAUGAUGGUCUGGGGAUCGAUUUGAAUGCAGAGGAUGAUUGUGUGUUGGAUAAUAAUGCUUGUGAUGACGAUAUGAAUCUUCGUAUUUGUUGGGAUUCGUUCCAAUUGGAGGAUCAUAGGGACGCCGAUGAAGAUUUCGAGUGGGAGGAAGUGGAUGGUAGGGUUGAUGAGAGAGAAGUUCUGAGCAUCUUCUUCGAUGCUGAUGCAGAUGUGGAUGUGGAUUUGGAUGUGGAUGAGGAUGAGGAUGAGGAUGAGGACUUGGAUGUUUCGAUAAUUCCGUCACCAGAAGGUUUUUUUGUGGAGGGAGGAGAGGGUACAAUGAGGAAUUUGGAGUGGGAGGUUUUGUUGAAUGUUCAUAAUUUGGAGACAAAUAUGGAUCUAGAACAGGAUGACAUACCGUAUUUGGGAGACCUCGACGAGUACAAUUACAUCGCGGAGUAUGAAAUGUUGUUGGGGCAAUUAGCGGAGAAUAUAAAUGCAUUGGUUGGAAGGCCACCCGCAUCAAAAACUGUCGUUGAAAAUCUUCGAUCAGUGGUUUUUACUCAAGAAGAUGUGGAUAAUAAUAAUGUACUUUGCGCGGUUUGUAAAGAUGGGAUAAAUAUUGGGGAACAAGCAAAGGAGCUACCUUGUUCGCACCGGUACCAUGGGGAUUGCAUUGUGCCAUGGCUUGGCAUUCGAAAUACUUGUCCUGUUUGUCGCUAUGAAUUGCCCACAGACGAUCCUGAGUAUGAGCGGAGGAGGACCCAAAGAGCUGGCCAUGUUCGCUGAGAAGCUAUUCUAAGGUCAGGUACAUAUGUCGUGUGUUGUGGAGAAAGUUAUGCUGUGUUUGGUCUUGGAUUUAUCGAGGGGAAAUAGGGGGGGCUUCACAUAUGGCUCAAUUGCUGUGAAAAGUCUUUUUCCAUCAUGAAUCUGAGAGUAAAUUUUUCUGUAGAUUUUUGGAUAGUAAUUUCCAAAUUCAAUCAUUUCAGUUAUGUUU